UAAAAGUACUGAUAAGCGAAACUGUCUCCACAGCAUCGACGCUGCCGGUGCAGAGCUGAUGGCAGCUAUGCGCUCCUGCUAUCUUUGUCGUUGUGUAGUAGGAUUUAAAAAGGCUAAAAGAGGGAAGUAUAUAGGGUAACUUUCAGCGCGCUAUAAACAGCUCGACAUUCGAUUAGUAGCAUCUUUUUACAGUAAAUGUCGCAUCUGAAAGGAACACGUCGCGGGUAAAAAUAAGGAAAUGCACCGUUAAACAUAAUGAUCGCAGAGUCUGCCGCCUUGUUUUCAGACAUUGUGAUUGUGCGCCAACCUGUCUCUGUGUGUGUGCCUGUCCACUGCAAGGCCACGCUGAGUGUCCGUGCUGAGGGUGCAAGCGUCCUCAGCUACCAGUGGUUCACCAGCGAUGGCAAAAAGCCCAAUGGACCACCACUAAAUGUGUAUGGUGGAACUCAAGCAGACCUGACCAUUGAGGCCAAAAAAAGCCAAUGCUACGUGUGCCGGGUGAACGAUAUCUUUUCCAACUGUGUGUUCAGCGAGUGGGUGAAAGUCAAGGUGCUGGACAUUGGUGUAUCAGGUCUGCCACUGCAGUGGAAGGGGGAGCCCCACAUCGCUAUCAACCUAAAACCACAGACGGUCCAACUCGGUGCAAAGAUUACACUUCGCUGUGUUGCUUUUGGCAACCCUGCACCAAAAUAUGAAUGGUACAAAAAUGGAAAUCUGCUGUGUGACGAGAUCAGUGACACUCUCCAGAUUGACCGCGCCAGGGCCGAACACAAAGGAACGUACUUGUGCUCGAUGUCUAACGUGCUGCAGGAGAUAUGGAGCAAAGACGUGGAAGUGAAUGUGGUGCAAAAUGGUCAACUUCCUCUAUCAGCGCAUGCAGCUGUUGACAAAGUUGCCUUGCUCAUCGGUAACUUGAGUUACUCCCACCACCCUCGCUUACUGGCCCCCAUGAUGGAUGUACAUGAGCUGGCCAACCUCCUGCAGCAGCUUGGCUUCCGAGUGGUGUCCUUGCUGGAUCUCACCAAAGUGGAGAUGCUGGUUGCUGUGGACAAGUUCAUUAACCUUCUAGACAAAGGAGUUUAUGGUCUUUUCUACUAUGCAGGACACGGCUUUGAGCGUGCGGCCAGAAAUUACUUGGUACCUGUUGAUGCUCCGGUGCCGUACCAAAGUGAAAAUUGCCUGUGUGUUCAACGCAUCAUGCAGAGCAUGCAGCAACGACAGACCGCACUGAGUGUUAUCCUAUUGGAUACCUGCCGCAAAUGGUACAACCAGCAGUGCAUACCAUCAACCAUCAUGGCAUUGGAGCCCAAGGGGAAUACAGUAUACGGUUACGCCACAUGUGAAGAUGCUGUGGCUUUUGAGGUCCAGGAUGGAGGGAAAAGCACAGGAGUCUUCACCAAAUACUUGAACAAGCACAUCCUUCAGGCGGAGAAGGUCACACACGUCUUGGAGAGGGUGUCAGAGGAUUUAGGCAGAGACCCACUGGUGAGAGGCAAGCAGGCUGUGGAAAUCAAGCACACCUUGAAGGAACCUCGCUCGCUUGCAGAUCCGGUUCGAACCGCCGGCUACACGAAGGAGCUGCGCCUGAGAGAAUCUUGCUGGCGACAAGCAAAUAAGCUACCAAGAAAGAAGCGGCUGAUUUUCCUUUGUCGGGUAGAAGUGGAAGUCAGCUUUUCAGCGUUGUUCUCAAAUGUCAUGGUGGCGUUUGGAGUUAUCAAGACCACAGGCCCCAAAACGGACAACUGCACCAUCGCUCUGAGCAGCAUACCUCCCAUGGAAGACAUUUUUUCUGGGCCCGGAAGGAUGGAGGAGAUGGAGGAGAUGGACUCCAUACUCUUUAACAAAGCUGACUGUACUCUGCGAGUGUGUGGACUUCAAAAACUUCAGGAAUCACUGGUCAUCAAGGUGGAUCUACAUUAUACUCACAUGGACAGUAGGGCGCGCCUUACAGAGAGUCAACGGGUGGACUUAGGAGAGCCUAUGGUGGCCUCCUGCAAAUUUUACGAGACACUUCAAACUAAGUCGUCCAUGAAACCGGACUCGGCUUCUGCACAAAGUACUGGCAAAAUCGCACACCGCAAGAACGUGGUGGAUCACACACGUGCCGGUCCCCGUCGCCCUUUCACCAGGAAGGCCGAGUGCGGCGCUAACGUGGCAGUCCUAAGGUGCAACGAACCUGAGGAGAACGAUGAGAAUGAGCUACAUGACCCCAAAAGGGACAAGCGGUAGGAAAAUGGAUGGAUGGACUUUAUAUGUCAAUUUUAAACCAUUGUCGGCCUUUUCUAUUGUAUUGUUACUAAUUUAGCCUUCUACUUGUACACGCUUUAUGAUGAUGACAAUUGAAUGUUGUUUUGUGUGUCUUAUCAUAUGUUUUCAAUGACUCAAAACUGAAAAGCUUGGAUACAGUAUUUAUUUGCAAUCAAAAAGGUGUAUUGAUCAUUUCACCCGCAGGAGACAAGGACUGACGUUUUUGUCCUUUCAGUACAUCUUUGCUGUAUUUUUGUUGUGUUAUUCCAUUAUACAUACUUUUUCCAAGGAGGGUUUUUAUUUAUGUUCAAUUUAAAAAUGUUAAUGUCCAAUUCUUUCACUGGUGUACGAUAGAUACACUGGCAGUUAUUAUUCACUACACCAAAGCCAAACAAGACAUAAAAGUAAUUUUUCAAA